UUUUUGUAGGCAUUGCUGUCCUAGAAGACACAAUUUUCUCUGUAGAUAGUAAGGUAAAGGGAAUAAAUAUAGAGUAGAAUCGAAUUUCCUGGUGUUUUGGGAAUUGUCUUAAAUAGAGAAGAUUGAUAAUGUUCUGUUUGCAAGUAGAUAAUUGAUUAAAUUUUAAAAAUAAAGCCCAUAGUUUGAGUUGUAGUUUUAGGAGAUGGUCAUAAAAGAGUCAUCACCAGGCUUUGUCCUAGUAGCUGUCUGUAGAUAAGUAUAGGAGUUGGCCUUCAUAUCUGCUGCUUAGAUUUUGCUCUUCUUCAACAAACUAACUAGCACCGUUAUUGUCCUCCAUCAUUUGCUUGACUUCAUCUUCUUCCCUGGCAACUCAAUGAGAUUCAAUGCUAAAGAUCUGGCUUUGCUGGCCAAGCGACCAUCAGGUUGUUUUGACAAGGAAGGAAAACUGAAGAUCUGCAGAGUGGUCGGGGAUGAAAAAUUAAUAGAACCGAGAGAGAGAUGGUGCCGACUGAAAGGAAAUCUGCUCUUUCUAAUGAAAAAUAAGAGUUCUGAAGCCUCCGAAGUGGUAAUCCUGGAGCGGUGCUGGGUUGUGGAGUUCAGAAGUAAAACAGAUGUUUCAAUAAUUCUCAAAUUUCAGAGUGGAGAACCAGAUCUUUACCUUGAAGCCGCAUCUAAGUCAGACUGUGAAGCUUGGGCUGUGGCCCUGGGAGAGGCAAACUCAGAAGGUUUGAGGAAUAAAAUUCAGCAGCUCCGGAAACUGAUCAUGGAAAUCAAAGAGGAGAGAACAUCAGAUGAAGCCCGCCAGUUUCUCCCUUCAUCACAAGUAGACACUUUAGGAGAGCCACAGUUUACGAGUAUUCAGAGGAUUGCAAAUGAGCCAAAGUUGGAGUUCAGUCUUGCAUGCAAGGGUCUAGUGGCUGCUACCCGUGAUCGGAAGCUGAAUACGUUUAUACAAGUCUCAGUGGUACAUCCAGCAGAGCACAUUUUGACGAGGUAUUCAAGCACUGAAAUCGUGGAGGGAACAAGAGAUCCCCUGUUUUUGACUGGUGUGACAUUCCCACCGGAGUACCCCAUCUAUGAGGAGACGAAAAUAAAACUAACGGUCUAUGAUGUCAAAGAUAAAUCUCAAGACACGGUCCGCACCAGUGUCCUACCUGAUCACAAGGAGCCAAGAGCAGAUACUGGACGAAGCUUCCUGGGCUGUACAACUUUUAGAGUAGGAGACUUGGUGAAGUCAAAGGAGCAACAGCUGACCCUUACCCUCAGAACUUCUGAUGGUGGGAAGACAGUCGGUACCAUUGAAGUCAACCUUGUGAAGAUGGGAGAGUUCGAAGACGGGGAAAUGGACCACAUCACAACAGAUGCACAGGAUCAAAAGUUCCUCUGUUUUCUGCCCUUGAAGUCCUGUUCAUGUGGAUUUCUAAGUGCAACCUGUGCCCACAAUACUGAAAACCUGGAAAGAAUGACAGACAGGCGAGCCAAAGAAGAGUGUGCAUUGGUUCGUGAGUGUACAGCCCCUGAAGGCCUAAGUGGCAAAGACAACUUGCCUUCUUUAAAUGCAGUGUUAAAAAAUCCGAUCUGUAAGUUAUAUAGAUUCCCUACUUCUGACAACAAGUGGAUGAGGAUCCGGGAACAGAUGGCUGAGACCACUCUCUCUUUCCAUGUUCCUAAAGAACUGAUCAAUCUGCACAUAAAGGAGGAUAUGAGAAGGAAUCAGGAACUUAAAGACUUGGGAGAACUUGCUCCUCACUGGGACAAUAUGCGUAAAAGUGUUAUUGCACACUGUGAUCAGAUGUUGAGCAUGUAUCAGGAUACUCUUGCAGAGCUUGGGAAGCAUACAGGUUCUUCCUUCAAAUCAAGCUGUAGCAAAGGAGAAAAAACAUUGGAAUUCAUCCCAAUAAAUCUCCAUUUGCAAAGAAUGCAUGUGCAUAGUCCUCGAUUGAAAGAUGCUUUGUAUGAUGUAAUCACCGUGGGAGCCCCAGCAGCACAUUUCCAGGGAUUUAAGAAUGGUGGUCUCCGAAAACUGCUGAGUAAAUUUGAGGCAGAAAGGCGAAAUACUGGAUACCAGUGUAUUUACUAUUCACCUGAAAACACAGCCAAGGCAAAAGAAGUACUCAGCAACAUCAAUCAUCUACAACCUCUCAUAUCAAGCCAUGCAGACCUACUGCUUAAUUCUGCAAGCCAGCAUUCUCCAGACAGCUUGAAGAACUCUUUAAAGAUGCUUUCAGAAAAAACAGAGUUAUUUGUACACGCAUUUAAGGAUCAGCUGGUCAGAAGUGCCCUUUUAGCACUAUACACAGCCCGACCCGGCUGUGUCCUCAAGAAACCAGCUGUGCCUAGAAGCAGUGCAGAAGAGGGUGAUGACCUAAAGCAUCAGGAUCAUCCGUCUCAGAUUAAAAGACAGGACUCUAUACCCCAUCAUUCUGAGUAUGAUGAGGAAGAGUGGGACAGGGUGUGGGCCAACGUUGGGAAGAGUUUAAACUGUGUUAUUGCCAUGGUGGACAGACUGCUUGAAAAAGACAACAGCAGCAAAAUUAAAGAAGGUGAAAGUGACCCCUCAGCAGCAGAUUGCAAGGUGUUGCAUGCAGGUGGUGACUGGUAUGAACAACUUUAUCCCCUGGUGAUUACACUGAAGGACUGCAUGGGAGAGGUGGUGACCAGAGCGAAGCAGUCAAUGGCGUUUGUCCUGCUCCAGGAACUUGCCUGUGGUUUGCCACAAUGUUUGAUGCUGACCCUGAGGAGAGACAUUGUCUUUAGUCAAGCACUCGCUGGAUUGGUCUGUGGGUUUAUAAUCAAGUUGCACACGAGUUUACAUGAUCAAGGAUUUUUACAACAGCUUCAUACUGUUGGGUUACUUGUGCAAUAUGAAGGACUCCUUAGCACAUAUAGUGAAGAAGCAGGGAUGCUAGAAGACAUGGCUGUGGGAAUUUCAGAUUUGCAGAAAGUAAUGUUUAAAGUCAUUGAAGCCAAAUCAGAAGAUUUUUUGCCUAUUAUAACUGGAAGGCGUGAACAUUAUGUUAUAGAGGUCCAGCUUCCAGCAAAGAUGUUUGAGCUGCUGCCACAAGAGAUUAAAGAAGGAAAGCUACUUCGCAUGUAUCCAGUACUCUUUAAUGUUGGAAUCAAUGAACAGCAAACACUUGCAGAAAGGUUUGGAGAUACCACUUUGCAAGAAAAUAUUAACCAGGAAAACCUAGAACUUCUAAAAGAAUAUUACAACCUGUUUACGGAAAAAAUGCCUCCUGAUUGCCUCCCGCACUUUCAAGAACAAAAUGAUUUAAAGGGAUUACUAGAAAACCUUCAUCAGAAUAUCCAGGCCAAGAGGAGAAAGAACGUAGAAAUCAUGUGGCUGGCUGCAACGAUUUGCCGCAAGCUGAAUGGUGUCCGUUUCACCUGUUGCAAAAGUGCCAAAGACCGGACAUCCAUGUCAGUGACGCUGGAGCAGUGCUCCAUCUUGAGGGACGAGCAUCAGCUUCACAAAGAUUUCUUUAUUAGGGCGCUGGAUUGCAUGAGAAGCAGACAAACCCAGGGAGCACUGAAUGAAUCGGAUGAUCCCGAAACAGGCUGUCUAACUGAUAACAAGCCAACUUCUCGACACUUCUAUCCUGUCGCCUUGCUGCUUGUCAGCUCACACUUGCUGGUUGUGUGGCUUAUUUUAAGUCUUGCUUUGCUAUUAGCCAAAUAUCAAUAAACUUCACUUGUGUUCCUUUCUUUUCUACAAACAGCAACAAGCUAACUUUAGAAAAAUAAAUUAUGCUGUAAUAUUUCUACAGUUUCAGACCCCAAGGAUUCAUCUUUAAGAUACAAAUGUCUGAAAUGUACUGGUUUUGUUAUUUUUUUUCUGAACUCUGAGAAGUAUACUAUGCAUUGAGUGAAUUGAUUUGCUCUUUCUGUCCAUGGUAAAGCUUUCCCACUGUAAUUAGCUCAAAGAAAGCCCACUUACAAUGCUGUCACUGUGUAUACAAGAAGAUGUGGAAUCCUGAAUGCUUGAACCCCUCUUUCCAGAGUAACUAGUAUGACAAAAAUUAAAAAUGGAUUUGCACAAUACAGACUAACCCCCAGACCAAUAUUAUAGGGUGGUGGUUUGUAAGAGUUAAUUUUAUUGUGUUAUUUUCAUUGUUAUUAUCAGCUGAUGGGAUAUUUUUGUUCAAGAAAUGGUUAUUUAUUUGCUACAACUAACCCUUUUCUGUCAAGUAACCAACUGGAAUAGAGCAAGUUCUGUUUUGUAAUUAAAUUAACCUGUUUGUAAUUGUUGCUUUAGUUGCUUUUGCUUUCAAGACACUUUUAUAUUAUUUUUAACUAAGUCCUGUUUAUGUCUUGAUGCACCACUUUGGCACUUGUGACUUUUGUACUGUAUGUGAACAUCCUUCCUUUAUAAAGCAGAGAGUUGGAUUGGGCUGUUUGAAAAGCCAUUCUCUCCUUUUUUUCUUUUUUUUUUUUUUCAUUGCAAAGCUGAAAAUAGGGGAAAUGAAGCAGAGAGAAAACUUUCCUUCAGAAAUCUAUAGGGCCAGACUUAAUAAAAUGCCUUAUUCCUAGAAUACGCAUUUUUAUGGCAACAUGUACUCUGACGUAUACAGUACACAAUUUGAAAAAGUAUUAGAAGGCUUAAAAGGCAAAUAUAUUUCUGGAAUUAAAAUGAAAUGUAUCAUUAUUUAAUUUUUCUAACUGAACCUUAAACCUCAAGGGCAAAUAUAUUAGGGGGAAACAAAUCUUAUCACCUAUUUCUGAGGGCAAUAACUGUACUGGGCCUGGCCUUAGAUUUAAUUUUGUAAGAUGUAUCAUCACUUGUGGAAAACAAAAAUGUAGAGUUGAAUCUUUGUUAUUUUUACUUCAACUGUUGCUGAAACUCUGCAAUGAACAAAUAAAGCUUAUUUAUUUAUUC